AUGAGUAAACAAAAGAAGUUGGAUUUCUUUUUAAAAAAUCCAAAUACUAGUGUUAUUACUACUGCUGAGGAACCAACACCAUCAACGAGUGAUGUCACAUCUUCGUUGGAACCAAAACCGAAGAAACCGAAAAUUCGUAAGUUCGAUCCCUCAUACCUAGGAUUCGGAUUUACAUAUAAAGAUGAUUGCCCUCAAUGCGUUAUUUGCUCGGAAAUUUUAACUAAUAGUUCUAUGGCUCCAGCAAAACUUCUAAGACAUUUGGAAACAAAACACCAGCAGUAUAAGAAAGAAGACUUAAUUAUGUCUUGCAUGGUCGAUGCCAACCUUACACUUUUUGGAGAUAAAUCUGCUAAAAAAAUAAAAACAAUACCUCUUUCUAAUGAUACAGUUUCAAAUCGCAUAACUAUGAUGAGCGAUGAUGUUCAUCAGCAACUUAUAAGAAAAAUAAAAAGGUCAAAGCUCUAUGCUCUUCAAUUAGAUGAGUCGACUGAUAUUACUGAUAAAGCACUGCUACUUAUUUAUACUCGGUAUGUGGACUGGGACGAAAAAGAAAUCAAAGAAAAAUUCUUGAACUGCUUGGAACUGAAGAAACAUACAACUGGCGCUGAAAUUUUUUCUGCAUUGUCUGAUUGUUUCUUAAGUACAGAUUUAAAGAUGUCAGACUGUAUCUCAAUUUGUACUGAUGGCGCGGCUAAUAUGACUGGUAGGCAUCCAGGACUAGUCGCAAAAAUGAAACAAGUAGCUCCAAAUAUACAAAGCACACAUUGUAUGAUACACCGAGAAAUGCUAGCAAGUAAAAGAAUGAGUGCCGAGUUUAAUCAAGUACUAACAACAGCUGUCAAAACAGUAAAUUUUAUUAAGUCCAGCUCUCUUAAUUCACGACUGCUUGCAAUGUUGUGUGAUGAAAUGGGAUCCGCACAUAGAACGCUAUUAUUGCAUGCGGAAGUUCGCUGGCUUUCGAGAGGUCGGAUAUUAAAAAGACUGUGUGAACUUAGAGAAGAAAUAAUAAUAUUUUUAUCAAGCAAAAAUUGUGACCUGGUUCAGUACUUCAAAGACAUAGAUUGGAACAUGAAAUUAUGUUAUCUUGCAGACAUAUUUCAACUUUUAAAUGAGCCUAACCUGUCUCUUCAAGGAACACAGAAAACCAUGUUUCACAGUUACAGUAAAAUAGAAGGGCAAAAGAAAAAAAUUUAA